AUGGAACAACCAAAGGAAAACGAGAACAUCACUGAAGCUGCUAGGAUAAUGCACCUGUACAAUGCAUGGGCCACUUUGCUCAACACUGACAGAGAUGAAGUCACGAAAAGUUCUGAUGGGAUCUUUAAUAAAGGUUCAAACCUCCCACGGCCACCUCAUCUGGAGGACUGCAGGACUAAUGCAGAAAGAAGAUCUGAUGAGGAGAACUAUCCAUUGACCAGACAAGUGCAGAGAGAUAAAUGGACUCAUCAGCACCCAAGGAACUGCAGCAAUCCAGGCUUACGGUUUCUGGUUGCCGACUGGGAGAGGCUGCCUGGAUUCGGUAUUGGCGCGCAGAUCGCUGGAAUGUCAGGACUUCUUGCUAUUGCCAUGAAAGAGAAGAGGAUACUGGUUACAAACCACUACAACCGUGCUGAUCACAAGGGUUGCAAAGGUGCCUCAAGAUCUAGUUGGUCUUGCUACUUUUUUCCUGAGACAUCUCCAGACUGCUGCAACCGGGCUUUUGAGCUCAUGCAAAGCAAAGCCUGUUGGGCUGAUGGUACUGUAAAAGUGAAGGAGAACUAUACCUCCAAGGAAAUUUGGCUUGGACGCAUACCUAGGGUGUGGGGGAAACCAUGGAAAUAUUUGCAACCGACAACAGAGAUAAAUGGUAAAUUGAUUACAAAUCAUCGUAAAAUGGAUAGAAGAUGGUGGGCACAGGCGACAAGGUAUCUAAUGACGUUCCCGACAGAGUACAUGUGCGGAUUACUGAAUGUCGCUAGGCACUCUGCAUUUGGUUUGCAAGCAACAAAGUUGGUUCUUCAGAAUAUUCAGGAUGACUCACCAAAGGUUGGCACUACUAGAACCAAAUCUGAUAUUGAACGUCUUGUGUGGUCAGACCACAAACCAUAUAUACCACGGCCUCUUCUCAGCAUGCAUGAAUACAUGGAGUUGGCUGGCAACAUGAGCAAAUGGUUUCCAAGCCUCAAGAACAUCUGGCUUUCUACUGAAAUGCAGGAGUUAUUGACAAAACAAAACAUUACCCCCAUUGGAGUUUCUACUUCACAAGCGUGGCACGCCAAGGAAGCAAUAUGA